AUCAUUCUGUAUCGAUUUCUCUCGAUAUGAUUCCUUUACAGAAUCAUUGUCUCGUUAUUAUACUGUCUCGUUACAUAGCGACUUUUUCGAUACGUAACAUGAUAUCGACAUAUUUCGCUACAAAUUACCGAGUUACAGAAUCCAGCUACUGUAGGCCUAUUCUGUAACUUUCUAAAGGCUUGUGUCCACGGUGCUAGAAAUCGGUCUGAGUUCUUGGACAUAGUUCUCGUACAAAGUUCUGUUAUCUCGGACGAUUCUAUUAACAUAAUUUUCUAACCUUCAAAAACAUCUACUUUAUAACAGAAGCGUUGUAAAUUAUUUAUUCACAUAAAAGCAUUUGUGCAGCGUAAUAUUUCUUCAUUUACAGAAAACAAUCAGAUACGUUCGAUUAUAAACCUGCAAAAUUAUCUCUCAAUGAUAAUAAAAUUAUGAUGAUAUCCUCAAAAGUUAAAAAAUGUAUAGCAAUCACAUUGAUUGCUGAAAUUAUAGAAAAAAAAGAGAUACAAAAAUGGAAUGAAGAAAAAAGAAAACGACGACGUCGGUCUAUUUGGACACGUAAAUGGAUACUUGAAAGAAAUCGUUCAUUGAGAGGAAUAAUCAAUUUAGCACAUAUAGAUUUAAGAAUUGAAGAUCAAGAAUAUUUCCAAAGAUUCUUUAGAAUGCGGAUUGAUUUAUUCGAUCAACUUGUAGAAAUAGUAACACCUUAUAUACAACGUCAAGAUACUAAUAUGAGACAAUGUAUAUCAUCUAAAGAACGGAUAUCACUCACUUUAAGGUUUCUAGCUACUGGUGAAAGUUACAGAAGUUUGGAAUACUCAACAAGGAUUCCAGCGUGUACGAUUUCUCGAAUAAUACCUGAAACAUGUCGUGUUAUAUAUGAGCUCCUUCGAGAGAAUUACUUAAAGACACCAAAUACAACUGUAGAAUGGAAACAAAUUGCAGAUGAUUAUCAACGAUUAUGGAAUGUUCCAAAUUGUAUUGGUUCCAUGGAUGGGCGGCAUAUAGAAUUUAGAGCACCUUUACAGGAUGGAUCAUUAUACUAUAAUUACAAAGGCACUAACAGUAUUGUUCUCUUAGCACUAGUAAACGCGCAAUAUCAAUUCACAUACGUGAAUGUGGGAGUUAACGGUAGAGUAAGUGAUGGAGGAGUUUUCCGUGAUAGUGACUUUGCAAAACUGUUAAAUAAUGCACAAAAUCCAUUGAAUGUGCCACAAGAUAAGUCAUUACCUGGCAUGAACGAACCUAUUCCAUACGUUAUAUUAGCCGAUGCUGCUUUCCCGUUACAAAAUCAUUUAUUAAAACCAUAUCCUUCACGAAAUUUAUCUCAUGACGAGCGGAUAUGUAAUUAUAGAAUAAGCAGAGGUAGAAGAGUUGUCGAAAAUGUAUUUGGCAUAUUAGCAAAUAAAUUUCGAGUUCUUUUAACACAAAUACAUCUACCUGUUGGAACCGUCCAAAAUAUAACACUUGCAUGUUGUGCGUUACAUAACUAUCUUAUUAAAGAAAAUGCUGCUUAUUUAUAUACUGAUAUAGAUAACGAAAAUUUAGAACAUACUACAAGGUCUGCUACAUGGAGAAAUAAUACACAAUUACGCAACUUAGAAAUCACAAAUAUAAGACCAAAUAUGAAUGCAAUUCGUAUUCGCGAUGCGUUUAAAGAAUACUUUAAUACUGUCGGUAAGGUUGAAUGGCAGGAAUAUAUGAUAUAA